AUGAUUUUCGGUUAUGUAAUUAAUAUAAUUUAAGAAAGACUAUCCCUUGGAAUGCCUUUUGUGGAUUCAUCCUUACUUAUGGAUAUGCAAAACUAUUAAAAUAUUUUAAUUUAAAUAUUGAUGGUGAUUUUCUCAAUAUUGAUUAAAAUACGAGUAUUUAUCUAAAUUUUUGA